AUGCGAGGUGACCUCAAUUUAAGAGUGAAAGCGAACGGAAAAAAACGUCGUUGUCCCUAUGGUCACCCGUCGUCGGAGAUCUACGCCGGAGAGCAGCCUCUUGCCGGACGUGGCAGUGAGGACUCGAAACUCAACAUCUCGACGGAGCAUGUUGUGACCGGCGACGGGGGCGGGCUGUGUCAAAAGCUUCGCUGGUGUUGGCGGCGAUGGAAUCGUCUGGCUUUGCCGGCAGCGAUUUGGUGGUUGCUAGAGGAGACGGCGGCGCGGCGGGCUGGUGGUGGUGUUUUGGCCGGAAGUGUGAGCAGAUUCCGCCGUGGAGCUUGGUCCGUUGCCGAUGGCAGGUGUCUUCGGGGGGAUGACGGACAGCAGCGGCGGUGUUGCUGGUGCCGUGGCAGACGGCGGUGCGCGGUGAAUAAGUCCAUUCUCGUCACUGGAGCCUCUGGAUUUCUUGCAAAGAUUUUUACUGAGAAGGUACUGAGGGUACAACCAAAUGUGAAGAAGCUUUUUCUUCUCUUGAGGGCUUCAGAUACAAAAUCAGCCAUGCUACGCUUUAACAACGAGGUUUUGGCAAAGGAUUUGUUCAGGGUUUUGAAAGAGAUGCACGGUGGGAAUUUAAAUUCGCUCGUCUCGGAAAAAGUUAAGGUUGUAGCCGGAGAUAUUACGUUCGAGAACUUGGGUGUGAAGGACUCGGGAUUGUUAGAAGAAAUGUGGAGCGAAAUUGACGUCGUCGUGAAUUUAGCUGCAAAUACCAAUUUUGAUGAUAGCAGAUAUGAUGUUUUGCUUGGAAUAAAUACAAUGGGGGCUACCAAUGUACUCAACUUCUCCAAGAAAUGCCACAAGUUAAAUGUGCUAGUUCACGUAUCAACUGCCUAUGUAUCUGGUGAAAAAGAGGGGCUGAUAUUGGAAAGCCCAUACAAAAUGGGAGAGACCCUCAAUAAGGGGUCAUCUGCAGGCCUUCACAUUGACUCCGAAAAUAAGUUGGUAAACGACACUCUAAAACAGCUCAAGGCUGACAAUUGUUGUGAAGACAUUAUCAAGUCAAACAUGAAAGAUUUGGGGAUUCAAAGAGCUAGGAAAUUUGGGUGGCCAAAUACUUAUGUAUUCACCAAGGCCAUGGGGGAGAUGUUGUUGGGAGAAUUCAAAGGAAAUAUACCACUUGUCAUUAUUCGUCCUACAAUUGUCACAAGUACUUACAAGGAGCCUUUCCCUGGUUGGGCUGAAGGAGUUAAAACAAUUGAUAGCUUAGCAGUUGCGUACGGUAAAGGAAAAAUGUCAUGUUUCCUCGGGAAUCCCAAGACCGUCAUUGAUGUGAUACCAGCAGACAUGGUGGUGAAUGCCAUAAUAGUAUCCAUGGUUGCCCAUGCAAAUCAGCCCCAACACACCAUUUAUCAUGUUGGAUCUUCCGUUUCCAACCCUUUGGAAUUCAAGUCGAUUCAAGAUUACGGUCAACGCUACUUUACCGAGCACCCGUGGAUCGACAAACAAGGCAAGCCGGUCAUAGUUGGGAAGAUCAAAGUGUUGAACUCCAUGGAAAGUUUCCGUAGAUACUUAGACAUAUGCUACUUACUUCCUUUGAAGGGACUACAAAUAGUGAACACGGCUUGUUGCCAGUAUUUCGGAGGCGUGUAUCACGAGCAAUGCAGAAAGAUCAAGUUCGUGUUGCGGCUGGUCGAGCUUUAUGCACCCUAUUUGUUCUUCAAAGGAUAUUAUGAUGAUAUGAACACGGAGAAGCUAAGGAGGGCUGCAAAGGAAAGUGGAGUUGAGACUGAUAUAUUCUACUUUGAUCCAAAAGACAUUAACUGGGAGGAUUACUUCAUCAACAUUCACCUCCCUGGUGUUGUUAAAUAUGUUUUCAAAUGA